UGUAGUUGGUAUGAGAGAAUCGAAGACGGAAUGGAUUGUAUCAGAACGAUAAUCAUAAAAGAAACACAACAGAAAAAGCUCACAGGGAAACUGUUCGUAGAGAAACAGGGUGUCGCUCCCAAAAGCUCUGGCCUAGGAACAAAAAAAAUUGUAAAGAAAAAUCUAACGGUUCAUAGGAUCGCGAGCAAGCAGGUCACUCUCUUCGAUCGGCUCUCUGUUUUUGUUUCAAGGCAAAAAAAGAUAUUCAUAUUUUGGAAACUGGAGCUUUGUAAAAUGCAAGAGCGUGGUUCGAUAUUGAUCAGGAAAGCUUGCAGGUUGGCAGUGUCUUGGUGGAAUUUGGUAGCACCGGAGCAGAAUAUUCGGAAAGUAGCAAAUAGUGACAUUUGGAAUAGUUGCGUAAGUCAGCCAUGGCGUCUGCAAGCCUUGGAAAUGGAGGGGUCGGCAGUUCCAGGUCUCUAAUGGUUUCAGAGAGUCAUCUAGUUCGGUGAUUGGCUUGGGAGAGAGAUGCUGAGA